UUUCUUUUCGGAAUGUUCAAAGUGAUGAUGCAACGGACAAGAUACUUAAGACGACACGCUCAGCCUUGCGGCAGGAAUGUGUUGCUCACAGGUAAUGGGAAUGGAAACUGGGUUUGAGAUACGUACUUCUUGAUCAUUCAUCAACUGACCUUGCCUCCUUUGUACAUCCAAAAUGAACUGUGUGUCAAAUCGAAUUCUUCUGUCAUUUAUUGUCUUUCUCCGGUUCAAGUCGGGGUCUGCGUUAGUAUGGGAUGGCACUGAUGAGUCUAUGAUAUCACGAGUUCUCUCCCGGCAUCUCACUUCGGGUGAAAAUAAAGUCCAGUCCUCACCCAACCAUUUCAAUUUUGGGGAACUCGCCACCUCAUGGGACUUGCCAAUAUGUCCCGACCGUCAUGAGUUGCGUGUUUUGGUCGAUGGUGGCGGAGCCCGGCGAGGCCCGAUAGGUAUGCACACGGCCCAAAGCCGACAGGUAAAGAAGCCGUAGGGCUGGUGACACAAACCGGUCUCGGCUCUAAGGAGCCUCCCUCCUGGACCAAUGAAGCUCAUGAUGUUUGAUGAGUCGGAUCUCGGCCA